AUGUCGGUUUUAUACAUUCAUUUUUUUCUCUUUCAUUUUCGUUAUUUCUGUUUCUCUUUUUUAACCUUCUUUCUUUUAUCUAUCUAUCUAUCUAUCUAUCUAUCUAUCUAUGCAUGCAUUACAUCAUUUAUACAUAAUUCUCAAAACUACUUACCUGACCCUACUAUUACUCACUAUCUAUCUAUCUAUCUAUCUAUCUAUCUAUCUAUCUAUCUAUCUAUCUCGAAGUUAAGCAACGUCGAACGUGGUCAGUACCGUGAUAGUUUGUCUUUUACUCUCUCUCUCUCUCUCUUUCUUUCUUCACCAUCUUUUAACCAAACUUACUAUUUUUUUCCCCUCCUUGGUUGCUUCAGCCUGACAUUCGCUGUUAACAAUGCCUCUCUCAGGAAAUCUGUAUUGCAAAGAUUGAAAUUACUAAAAAAGGAGCGGGAAACUGAUACGCCAGCAACUGCCCAGCAGUAUGGGUGUCCAUAUGUGUCUUCUAUUCUACUUAUCUAUCUAUCUAUCUAUCUAUCUAUCUAUCUAUCUAUCUAUCUAUCUAUCUAUCUCAUUCUGUUAACAUCUAUUUCAUUCUAUUCAUAUCUAUCUAUCUAUCUAUCUAUCUAUCUAUCUAUCUAUCUAUCUCAGUUUAUUCAUAUCUAUCUAUCUAUCUAUCUAUCUAUCUAUCUGUCUGUCUGUUCGUAUCUGUCUAUUUAUCUAUUCCAGUCUAUUCAUAUCUAUCUAUCUAUCUAUCUAUCUAUCUAUCUAUCUAUCUAUCUAUCUAUUCCAGCAUAUUCAUAUCUAUCUAUCUAUCUAUCUAUCUAUCUAUCUAUCUAUUCCAGUCUAUUUAUAUCUAUCUUGUCUGUCUAUCUAUCUAUCUAUCUAUCUAUCUAUCUAUCUAUCUAUCUAUUCCAGCAUAUUCAUAUCUAUCUAUCUAUCUAUCUAUCUAUCUAUUUAUAUCUAUCUUGUCUGUCUAUUUAUCUAUUCCAGUCUAUUUAUAUCUAUCUUGUCUGUCUAUUUAUCUAUUCCAGUCUAUUCAUAUCUAUCUAUCUAUCUAUCUAUGCAGGCAUUACAUCAAUCUAG